AUAUUAGUAAAAUUAAUGCGUGUUUCUUUUCUUCACAGGGACCUGAGCCAAAACAAAGACCUCAAGUUGUCUGCUGGAGUCUUCAAGAACCUGUCUAAGCUCACCACUCUAUACCUGAAACAGAUGGACCUGGAACGACUUCCGCCUCUCGGUUGGCUGCCUUCCCUAAAGGCCCUCUACCUAAGUGGAAACAAUCUGUGGACGGUGGACGAGGUGUCGUUGACGGGAAUGCCCAACCUACAGGAACUGGACCUCUCCAAGAACCGCCUCGUCUCUCUCUCCCCCAAACCCUUCACCAACGUCAGUCUCAUCAGACUGAACCUGAGUAGAAACAAGAUCACACGUCUGGAUGUGAGAUCGUUCAAGACACUGAGUUCACUAGCUGAGCUUAAGUUGUCACAUAAUCUGCUCACCCCUGAUACCUUCAACCAAUCUGCUCCCAUCUUUACCAACCUUACCAACCUCCGAUCUCUAGACCUCAAUGGCAACAAACUACACCAGCUGCAGGGCUUGAUGUUUGAGGAUCUCAAAAAGUUGAAAAUUCUUAAGCUACGACGUAAUGAAAUCACUUCCUUUAGUGAUGGUGUGUUCUAUGGUUUGGAGUCCAUUGAGAAACUAUUUUUGGACUACAACAACAUAACAACAGUGUAUGCAGGAUGGUUGUUUGGCCUGAGGUCACUUGCGCAUUUGUCUCUCAGUUACAACCAGAUUGACUCCAUCCGACCUAAUGCUUGGCAGUCUACAAAACAACUGAUUUCACUACAGUGGGGAAUACCAAUGUUUUUCGGAAAACCUAUGGAGUGUUACUCUCAACGUGCUAACAUUCAAGUUCACGUUUUUCCUUACUUCACCAAGACACCAGCUAGUGUGGCUGUACGUAUGGGAGAGGUGGCCAAACUGGAAUGUGUUGCUAAAGGUUCUCCAACUCCUGAAAUCUCCCUCUUAAAAGUUGGAGGAGAUGAUUUUCCAGCUGCUAGGGAGCGACGAAUUCAUGUUUCAAAUGAAACUUCUUCUUCAUUAAGCCAGUUACAACCUCAUGAUGAGGGUCAAUAUACAUGCAAGGCCACUAAUGCAGCAGGUACGGCUUCUGCGCAUGCUUCUGUAACAGUACGACAGAUACCAGAAUUCAUCAAACCAUUACAAGAUGAAGUUGCUCGACUUGGAGAUAAUGCUCUUUUGAAUGGCACUGGGCUUCCCACACCAAGGAUAACCUGGAGCAAGAAUGGUAAACCCUUAAUAGAUGAUGGUCGCUACGUGUUAGUAGAGAACAGCCGAUACCUGUUGAUCAAAGAGACUCAAACAGAUGAUGUUGGAACCUAUGUCUGUGAAUUGACCAACAUUCUAGGCACAGCACGUGGAAAUAUCAAUUUCUCCAUAAGAGAUAUGACAAAUACAUCAACAACAACUGGUAUUGUAAUCAUAGCAGUGGUGUGUUGUGUAGUAUUAACUUCCCUAGUUUGGGUGGUUAUCAUACACCAGACCAGAAAGCGAGCUCAAACUAGUGCUUUAGGCCCUCCCUCUGGGUACCCAAGGGAAGAUGGACUUGGUCGAUAUCCACCCCACCUGCCUACACACCAUCAUUUACCACCAGACCUUGUGCACACUUUCACUCCACUUUUAGCCACUGCUCCUGAAACUUAUACCAUAGCAGGACAGGACAGUGGAUCAGAACAUUCCAGUGAGAAAGAUUCAGGAACAGGUGAUUCUGCACAACGAUCCAGUGAAGACUUGCUGCCUUUAGAUCUCACUCGUCCAGGUCUCCGCAGAUCAAUGAUCAUUUGCGCAGAUACUGGAACGCCCUCAAUCCUGAGAGGUGUAAGUGCUGGUCCAGGUGAAAUAAUUGGAUGUGAAGAGAUCAUGGGUCGUCCAAGACUCUCAACCUUUAGUCCACAGCAUCUGUCUCCAGGAGGAUACAGCCCUAACCUCUAUACCGCGAGUCUGAGACGUGGUUCAAAUUCUCGUCGGAUUCCUGUAUCCUCACCUGUGACACCAUCUGCAACCCUGCCUCGUGGUCAGCAUUUAUGCCAGACUAAUUCUUGUUCUAUACAACCAUUAGUAGCAUCUCCGUCUGAAGUUUCUGCAAAGCAUAUUCCACAGCUCAUUCCAAUUGCUGUAAAUAAACAUGGGACUAAUCAGAAAGAUGAUGCAUGCAGCUGUAGUCCAGAAGUGAUUGAAGGAGACUCUUUGGUGAUAAAUACUAGUGAAAGUAACACACACAACCUAAGAACCUCAGUGUACAGUGUUGGGGAUGAACGAAGUAAACUGGAUUUAAGGACAGAGAAUCCAGAUGAAAAAAUUAAUAACAGCAUUCCUCCAAAGCAAACUUUUGCAUGCAGAUAAUGGUAACUAGUGCAAAGUAAUUAAUGUUGCAUCUCCCACCACCACAUUCUUUUCUUCAUAUUUGUAAAAUAUUACAGUCAGCAUUCCACAUGAGAAAUAUAAUGGGCAAAAUUUCUUAACAAUCUUUAGAAUAGAUGUUGGAAAAUUUAAAUAGAUGUAGAUGACUUUAGUUUGAUAUUCAGUAAGUUAUUAAAUGGUGGGCAGGAGCAGUUAAGUACCUGUCUGGUGCCAUAGUUGUUCCAGUGCUGCCAGUGUUAAGCUGUACAAAAUUCUUGACUGGUAAAUGUCUUACUGGUAUUCGAACUAACUGUCCAAUAUACUUGGCUCCUUAGCCUCCUACUGAUUGUGGUCAGGUUACCCUGUUCCAGGGUGUUAUCUAGACUUAGCAAAUAAUCCACCAGAGAUGACCUGCUGUAUGCACACAGCACAGAUAGGAAGUUGUACAAACUAGAGUUUCCCACUUGUGUUGAGGGAAUUGAUGGAAGCAUCAACAGUCUCUGCUGGAGAAUGCAGCUAUCUCAAAUUAUCUAUUUCACCAUGUACAGUAUUUUCAAUAAGAAAAUUUAGACCAUUUUAGAUAAAUUACCAUGUCUUACAUUUACUUAUUAUAAUAAUCAAAAAGUGCUAAAAUUUACUUGAUAAACAAGCAGGAUAAGUGGGUUGCUAGAUAACACCUUGCUAUGUGGAAAAUUUAAAGUUUGUACAGUGUAUCAUACUAUGGAGGCUACUGUCACAAUUCUAGAAUGUGAUGGCUUUUUAUUGAUCAAAUUUUAAGCAGAAUAUAUACAGUGGCAAUGAAUACCAUAGUUGAUGUUAUUAAUUAAAAUGAAGCGCUAAGCCACAAGGGCUAUACAGCGUUAAUGUUUAUGAAUGAUUUUGGCAAGUGUUAUCCUGUAGCUCAGGCUCUUUUUACUCCACAGCAAAGCCCAAUUCUAAGAUUUAAACAUUAACAUUUUUUGCUACAAGGAUGAGUUACCUAUAUAAAUAGUGCAGCUUCUGUAAUAAUUGAGAAACAGGGUGAUGUGACCAGAAUUAUUUUGCAUUCUUUCUCUAGCCUGUAAAAGGUUUAUCCAUGCAACACUGUGCUCUGUGAGCACAAUUGUAGUCACGUACCAUUUCUAUUCACAUACUGUAGAUAUACUAUAGACAAUUUGUAGAGGAAGCCAGCUAAAUGCAUUCUCCAUAAUAUGAAGGAUUAGCUGUACGUUGGAAAAUUUUGUGGUGCAUUAUUAGCUAAUUAGGUUUUAUUUUCAUAUAUUGUAGAAAGACUUCAGCUGUGUUCCCUGUCUACUGAGAAUAUUUUUAUAUUCAUUUUAUUUACCUAGGGACAAUUCUUCUGCUUCAUAGAAAAUGUGCAGUUGCUUCAUAGUAAUAGAUGCAAUGGUCAUUGAAGGGAAAUGUCAGAAUUGCUAGUGUCUACAGCAUAGGGACAAUGUAUUUAAAAUCAACCCCAUACCCCCGUGUAGAGCACUGCAUUGUUUGUUCCUAGUUAUUGUGAAGUUCAAAUGCUGCAAGCCUGUGUUGUGAAAUAGGUUAAUGAAGUAUGCUUGGCUAAGCAUUAAAAUAUUUCAGGAAUUUGUGAAAAAAAAAAAAAAAUUAUGUAAGCAUAUUUUGAAACUAGUCACCCAUUACAGUUAUUAUGUCACAACCUUUAAUUUGUUGCUAAAAUUAUUGAAGAAAAUUUUAAUGCGAUAGGUAGAUGAUGUAACCUUAAAUGAUUUAUGUAACACAUUAUAUUACUAUCUAUACAUCUGUGGCAAUAGCAAUUAUUCCAUGGUAAGGAUUUCAAAAUAAGUGUUGAAAGUGUGCAGGGCCCUAAUACAGUAUUUUUUUAAAUACUAGUUUAAACAAUUAAGUGUUCAUAAUUUGGGUAUUAACUUUGGUAGUGUGGGAGCCAUAGUAUUUUUAGCAACCCUUAAAAGAGAGGCUUUUACAGUCGAGAUUCUAGCCGCUUUUGUUAAAUAACUAAUAUAGUACACCUACCAUCUGACUUACGACCGUGCAGCUGGGCUGGCUGAUGCACACCGCUGUACAAUAUUUGACGGUACUCACGGCGGCAAUGCAGGCAGCAUUAGUUUGAGUAACCCUGCCCUAUCAGCAUUAUCAUACUGUAUUAACUGGACAGUAAAUUUCACCAUGGCCCCUAAGAUGAAGUCUGAAUCUUGCAGCAAGAAAGGCUCUUACUCUCGAACUCUAUUUGUUUUCACUGUUAUACAAACCUGUCUAUCUGUCUGCUUGUCUGUCUCAGAGCCACUCAUUAAGAGUGUAAUUGAAGAUGCCAUAUUAAUAAUAACACAAUAAUAAUCACUAAGGCGCAUUAAAUGUGUAUAAGACGUUAAUAUUGACAUUUUACUUAAUACAUCUAUCAUUUUUUUUCAAAAUUAUAUAAUAAACAUGCUACAUAACAUAUAAACGUAUAAAUUAACAAAUAUGAGAUGUUUUUCUGGUCGGCUUGACAGUGAACAAAAACUAUUCGUGUCCGGGCUGGUAACAACGUUUGUUUACAUAACUCGCAAACCUUCUACACACUCAUUCUCUCUCUCAUUUACUCACCUCUCACUCUACAUUAAGACUACAGAUAUUUUAAGGCAAGUAAUGAGUGAACACAAUUAUUAUAUUAUACUUUAAUAAUAAUAUUAUUAAUAUUAGUACACAUGUAUUAUUGUAAUAAUAAUAAUUAUUAUUAUUAAUUUAGGGCACUGGAGCACAGAUCCACUGUAUAGCACUUUGUCUGGAUUUUUUGGGUUAUCCUAGGUAAUUUAUACUAUGUAUGAUAACUUUACUUACGUGUACCUGUGAGAGAGAGAGCCACAUUCAGCCAGCCAGACGCAUAUUACACAUGUUCCAGAGUUUUCUCUUUACUUAGGGUAUAGGUUAUACUACAUUCUGGCAGGAUGACACUACCAGUGGUAUUCUCCCAUUCCACUGUGUCAACAAUAUAUAAAGAUAACUAACAUAUGAUACUGUAUGCGAUGUAAAAUUUGCAAUACAGUUCACUACCAUAUAUACAUUAUAUACAGUACAUAUAAAUUUAUUACAUAAUUAAAAUAUAACAAUAAAAGUAAAUUAUGGUAAAAAGAAUGAAAUGAUGAUUGUACAUUACAUUACAGUAUUAUGUAGGUAGUUUAUAUAGAAAACGUUUGACAUCAUGCCCUACCCAGUAUGUUGGCAAUUUUCAAAGGUUCGACUUGCGUCCAUUUUGACUUACGACCAGUUGGUCGGAACCAAGCUUGGUCAUAAGUCGGAUGGUGCCUGUAUUAUGUAUUUUAUUGCAUACCUUAAGGUAAUAAUAUUUUCACCGACUCAUUUUCAGCAUUUUGAAAGUUAAACAGAAUGAUAGAGCUACCAUUAUCCCAGUCAGAAAUUGUAAUCUGAUUGCUGUCUUGGCUUAUUUUAAUUUCUAAGGCUUAUUAUUAACCAUGUUACUUAUUCGAGGCAGGAACGAUCACAAGCAGAGCUCUAUGACCAUCUAUAAAUAGGUUAUGUAUAUAGUUGAAAGCUUACCCUCCACUAACUUAAAUAUGGUAGGCUAGAGAUGGUGCAGGAAAUGUGGUGGUAUGGGAUCAAUUUAAGAAAGCAUUGCUAGUGUUGCAGCAGAAAUUUUUGGGUAUAGGAGAGAAGAACAGUGAUUGGUGGAAUGAGGUAAAGAGGAUGGUAGGGGAGAAAAAAAAUUAGCAAAUGAGGUUUUUACAAUGUAAAAACAAUAGACGAGGCAGAAUAUAUGGAGAGGAAGAGGGAGUAGACAAGGAGAGCCAGUGAGAAAAAAUAAGUAUCAGCAAGCUUUUCUGAGAAUUAGGCAAACUUUUGGAAAGAUCAAGGUGAGGAAGCCUGGAGAGCUAUGGCUUUAGCAGUUAAAAAAGGGCUGAGGGAUGUUAGAAGGGAGAUUUCGACAUGUUAAAUGCUAGCGAUAAAGGGGAGGUGGUGAUUUCAUGCAUUGGGUAGGAAGAGGGAACAUUGUACAAUAUAGGAGGAACCUGAAGUGAUGUGGGGAAAGGUCAUGAGGCAGUGGAUAGAAUGAAAGGGGACAAAGCAGGUAGGAUAGAAGAGAUGUUAAAAGCAGAUGGUGCUAUAGUAUUGGAGUUGUUGGUGUAUUUGUUCAAUAUAUGCAUGAAAGGAGGAACUGCAAACUCGCUACCAAAGGGAGAGAGAGAGAUAACACAAGAAUUAAAGUUGGAUAAGCCUGUUGAGUAUAUUAGGCAAAGUGUAUAGUAGAAAUAUUAUUGAAGGGAUUAGAGGGUAAGAAAGUAGGAUUUCUGAGGAGGGAUUACAGUAUACCCUUGAUAUAAGACUAAUAGGGGGAGGGGGUGUACGAUAUUGCCGAUUGUUGGAAACUUCCAAAUCACAAAAUUAAUUUUUCGUGAUUGUCCAGUUAUCUUCUGCACUAGCGAAUUUGGUCCACUGAUGCAGGAGACUGAACACUAAGAAUAUGGUUAUUGUAACCUGUAGUACUGCAGUACAGUACUGUCAUUUUAUAUUAUUGUAUAUAAUUUACAGUAAUUAGAUGACCUGUAAAGCUUCACUAGCAUCUACACUAAACUUAAGAGUGUAGUCUAAGUUUAUUCUGCUUCUAGACUUGAAACUAAAUACUAAACCCACUAGGGUCAUACAUACCUGCAUCUACAUUCAUCAGAUACUUAAACAUCAUAUUCCUUGCAUUCCUUUGCCAAUGAGAAGCCAGACUAGUCCUUUAUUAGAGUUUCUGCUUAACAACCACAUUUCUCCGUGCACCACCAUUUGUUUUAGAAACCAUUGUUAUUUAAUACAGCACCUUAUCACUGUUCAACACAAAUUAGUGCGGGUGGCCUACAGCUCAGGAAACGGUGAAAAACAUCCUGGAUAUGACCUCUGGCCCGUACCAGACAGUCGUUGGGGUCAUUAGGCUUGGUCCAAUACUUAAAAAGAUAGCUUGACACUAUUGCUAUGGACAAAGUCCAGGAAUUACAGACUCGUCCAUUUUGACAGGUACAUACUUCCAUUUAUUCGUUUAGCUGUUUUGAUUAUAACAACAACUUCCAUUUAUCCAAAAUUGCUGAAAUCCAUUAAUAAGAGGUUUUACUGUACAGGUUUUCCUCAUUUUAUGUUGUAGAUGUGUUCAAUGCCUUUGGAAUGUAUAUUAAGGUCACUUAAACCAGAAAUACCCAAUUAUGCAUAUUAAAACAUUUCAGUGUGUUUUGCAAGUUGUGCUGACCAUAAAUUGCCUGUAUGGAAUUAAUGAUAGAAAUAGGACAUCACAUAACAGUGAAUGUACACAAAGCAAGGGGAAACUUGUAGUGUACACAAUUUUUAUAUACUGCAAUAAACAUUGAAAAUAUAAGAGUUAAAAGUACAAUUUACUAAUGUAUUUUACUCAUUAUUUCAAAAGUUCAUUAUAUCAAGGGUUUUACAGUAUUUAGGAAGGGUAGGGAUGUGCAGACUAAGUCUUUACAUUGAAGCAUGUAAAUGAGCAGUACAGGUCCGCCAUCACAAAUCCGGCAAUCAGUUAUUCGGCACUAAUUUUGGCUAGCAUAAUUUCAAAUUUCCAGGGUCGCCACACCAACCUGCUGGUACUGUUUGGUGGCGCUAUUUGCUGCAUAAGUCAUUCCAAUUUCUUUUUCUCCAUUUAUUAUUUUAACCUGCUUACUUUUAGUCCUAGCCAUGGUUCCAAUGAAUAAAAGAAAUGCUUCUCAUUAUGCAAAGCACCUGCACAGUACAUUAUCCAUUAAAGAUAAGGUGGCUUUGAAGCCACUGUCGGUUGCCAUGAGCUCAGUCUCAUGAAGCAGGAGAAUAUGCUUUAUUAUUACGCUAAUAUCAAUGCUACAGCUUAUUUGCCUAUCACAAUUGAUCUAAUAUGACGUAAGAAACAAUAUAAAUAUCAUAAAACAUGUUAAAUACUCCAGAAUGAAUAAUAUUUGGCAUAACACCGAGCAGUUCGACAGAGUUAUGAAGAGGAUAUGGUAAACAAAUACCAUUCUCCAAUCCUUGUCUUGGGGGCUUAUAUUAGAGAAAAUGGAGUAUAGCACAGGGCUAACUAUGAUAUACACCAUACUCCACCAUAAACAUGAAACAAAAAAGUUAUUUUCUCUCUAUAGAUUAUCACAUAUAGCAGCAUGUGUGUAGAGAACCUAGGAUAAUCCCAAAAAAGUCAAUGUGGCUUAUUUUUAGUACCUGGCUUGAGUUAGCCAUAUAUGAUUUUUGGUAAAUAUUCGAUUCCCAGCCAGAGUAGAAACAUUAGGCGUGUUUCUUUACACCUGUUGUCUGUGUUUACCCAUCAGUAAAUGGGUACCUGGGUAUUAGUCGACUAGUGUGGGUGUUAUCCUGGGACACUGACCUAAUUUUCUUGAAAUACUCAGCAUAACAAGUACCUUUCUAUACAGUAGUACUGUAUGUCACUGAUGUCAGCUAGGCCUGUAUACCUUGUACAUGUACGUGUAGUAAAUAAAGAUAUUAUUAUUAUUAUUAUUUUCUCAGUUGUUUGUUGGGUUAUCUUAUUCAAACUUGGGCAAUGUAUGAUGGAAAGAUACUUCUUCACGUACACCAAAAAUGAAAAUCAGACCAUAAAUAGCGGAGUUCACUUCUCAGCCAUUAGCAGCCGCUUAGCGGUAUAUUUUUGUAUGGUUGUUAUGGUUAUGUUCUCAUUUGAUAGAAUGAAAGAUAUAUUACAGAAAUAGAUAUGAUUUUGAUUGCUUUCAUGAUGAAAAGUACCUUGAAAUUGCGCUCACAGUAGCGAAAAUGUUCUAUUCUUUAGCGAAGCUCAAGAGUAAACAAAUGAUGUCACUGUCCAAUACCUGUCCACAUGCCAGUCUAAAUUCCAGUACAGAGUCAAGAAUGGAUUGACAUUAUUUAUACAAUUAUUACAAUAAUGCAGUAGUCUGCAUAACAGUAAAUCUUCUAUUUUUUUUGUGAAUAAAAAUUCCAAAUGGUAAGCAAGAGUAAUAUAAGAGGGGCCUGUAGCCGUGACUAAUGAACAGAGAAAAUGUUAUUUUAGUGCCAGGAAUGUCUGCAUUGUUUAUUCUGGACCCUAUUUUGAAAUUGGCAUCUGUUGAAAUUUGUGUGAAGUCAGCCAAAUUGCCAAUUUCUGACCACUUUAUUGGGUAGUUGAAAUAAGUGAAUGGGCGGUUUCUUUUACUCAGUUGACAGACAAGAAGUAAAUAAGUUUAUUCAGGUAUACACAAAUACAGUUACAUAGAUUAUCAUACAUAGCAGUGUAUUUAUAGAGAACCUAGGAUAACCCAGAAAAGUCCGACAAAGUGACUUAUUUCCAGUACCUGGCUUGGGCUUGCCAUAUAUGUUUUUUGGUAAAUAUUUUUUUUUCUCGGUUGUUUGUUGGGCUAUCUCAUUGAAACCGGGGCAAUGUAUGAUGGAAAGAUGCUUCUUAACGUACAACAAAAAUAAAAAAGACGGAGGAUAAAUAAGGGAGUUCACUUCUCAGCCAUUAGCCGCCUCUUUGCAGUAUAUUUUCGUAUGGUUUUUAUGGUUGUAUUCUCAUUUUUUGGACUCAUUUGAUAGAAUGGAAGAUAUAUUACAGAAAUAGACAUGAUUUUGAUUGCUUUCAUAACGAAAAGUAUCUUGAAAUUGAGCUCAAAGUAGCGGAAAUGUUCAAUUUUUGCCUAUGUUCAAUGAACUGUGUAAGUCAA